AUCCCUCGACAACUACUUCUAAUUCUUCAAAUCAAAAAUGGAAAUUAAUGAGCCCACAUGUAUCACUAUUCAAAAUUGGAGUAAUUAAACAAUUUGACGAUAAUGGAGCUGAAGAUGACACGUCGGAAUUAUCAUCACCACCAACAUCAUUAAUCAUUAAAAAAUAUACAAUUAACAAGAAUUCAAAUGAUAUUUCAAAUAUUUUACACAGAAUUUCAACAACAAGUUUUUUCAUAAUACUAUUAAGUUAUAUGUUUCAAUUGAUAACAAUGUCAAUACCAUAG